UUCAUCAAAGCAUUGGCAUUUUUCAUUCAGUUAUGCGCAUCAAUCAGCGGACUAUCCCAUGCGUUCAUUUUUGGUAUGGCUCAUACUUUCAUUCGACGUCGAAUCUUUGUGAUGCUCAAACUAGACAAGUAUUUCCCACAACAACCACCAAGAGUGUCUGUUUAUCCAUUGACUAAUCUAACUCAGCUCACAUAA